CUUCUCUUUGGAGUACUAACACCUGAUUUUAGUUUUUAUCACCAAUUUUAAAAUGUCACCAAGCAACUCAGGUCUUUCUUCAAUUUUGUUGAAAACCAAUAAUUGAGAACCAAUUGGGAAAUCAGUAUCUACGUAUUUUCCAUGGCGUUCAGUGGCCCGGAGGUUCCUACACCAUCGGUGGACACAUCACUGUAAGAUUGGAGUGAGGACUGGCGAGCGGUGCGCCGUUCUUGUGUAAAGCGGGAGAAGAGUCUAUUGUUAGGCAACAUUUUAGAAUAUAGGAUAAUAAACACUGGUGUCCUGAAAACGUUCCUGGCCGCAACACUCUUAGAGGUUUGCAUUCUCCAGUUUGGAGACAAUGGCUCUGAAAGACUCAAUUCACUCCAGUGAUGCCAGCCACCAGCUACUGUCGAUGACUUCGCAAGUUCGUACUUUCGGUCCACACCUCUUCCUUUCGCUGGCCACCAAACUUGUCUACAUUCCGAGUGCCCCGGCACCCCCCCGGGCUUCGCUUUCCACCUCUCACACUAGGAAGCGGCAAGCCGCUUCUGGUGCCCACGCCGAUCCUCUGCUGCCCGGCCUGGGUCCUCCACCCUCGCCCCUGGAAUCGGCCUCCCUAGAUUCCCUUCCCUCUGAAGGUCAUUUGGAAACGGGCUCCAGGGGGCGACCCUGCGCAGAAAACCAAAUUCCAUCCGGGUGGGUAGGGAGUGCUAGUCUCCAAGGAAGACGUUUCCCACUUUCGGUGGUGAGGAGUGUUCGGUGGCACGGCCAGCGCUCUCAAAGCUCCUCCUCUGCGCGGGGAUAUCCAGUUGUAGCCACGAAAAUACGCCGCAUCCGUCCCUGACUCCAAAGGAAGUCCUCGAGGGAGUCCUACUAACCAUCUAGCUUCCUCCGCCUUCCCCGUGACAGGACCGCGGCCACCGCAGGCUUGGAGGCCCGGCCCACCUCUGCCCGCGCGCCUGGCCUUAAAGCGGUCGUGUAGUUAGGCUUCCUAAGGCAGGCAGUGGACCCACCGCGGGCUUUUCCUGUUUGAAGACUACAGCGUCUCACAGCAACGCGCGCGAGAAGAGAGGGUACUCUCGCGAGAAGUCCAGGGGUGGCCGUGAUGGCGGCGGCGGGAGCAGUACCCGGCCAGGAAGCGGGUGCCGUGCCUGGCCCAGGAGCGGCCGCAAAUGCAACAGCUGCAGAAGAAGGGGAGAUGAAGCCAGUGGCAGCGGGAGCAGCCGCUCCUCCCGGAGAGGGGACCUCUGCUCCUCCGACAGCUGAGCCCAGUUCCGGGGAGGCUGAAGGCGGGGAGGCAAACUUGGUCGAUGUAAGCGGUGGUUUGGAGACAGAAUCAACUAAUGGAAAAGAUACACUAGAAGGUGCUGGGGAUACAUCAGAGGUGAUGGAUACUCAGGCGGGCUCCGUGGAUGAAGAGAAUGGCCGACAGUUGGGUGAAGUAGAGCUGCAAUGUGGGAUUUGUACAAAAUGGUUCACGGCUGACACAUUUGGCAUAGAUACCUCCUCCUGUCUACCUUUCAUGACCAACUACAGUUUUCACUGCAAUGUCUGCCAUCACAGUGGGAAUACCUAUUUCCUCCGGAAGCAAGCAAACUUGAAGGAAAUGUGCCUUAGUGCUUUGGCCAACCUGACAUGGCAGUCCCGAACACAAGAUGAACAUCCGAAGACAAUGUUCUCCAAAGAUAAGGAUAUUAUACCAUUUAUUGAUAAAUACUGGGAGUGCAUGACAACCAGACAGAGACCUGGGAAAAUGACUUGGCCAAAUAACAUUGUUAAAACAAUGAGUAAAGAAAGAGAUGUAUUCUUGGUAAAGGAACACCCAGAUCCAGGGAGUAAAGACCCAGAAGAAGAUUACCCCAAAUUUGGACUUUUGGAUCAGGACCUUAGUAACAUUGGUCCUGCUUAUGACAACCAAAAACAGAGCAGUGCUGUGUCUACUAGUGGGAAUCUAAAUGGGGGAAUUGCAGCAGGAAGCAGCGGAAAAGGACGAGGAGCCAAGCGCAAACAGCAGGAUGGAGGGACCACAGGGACCACCAAGAAGGCCCGGAGUGACCCUUUAUUUUCUGCUCAGCGCCUUCCCCCUCAUGGCUACCCCUUGGAACACCCGUUUAACAAAGAUGGCUAUCGGUAUAUUCUAGCUGAGCCUGAUCCCCAUGCCCCUGACCCCGAGAAGCUGGAACUUGACUGCUGGGCAGGAAAACCUAUUCCUGGAGACCUCUACAGAGCCUGCUUGUAUGAACGGGUUUUGUUAGCCCUACAUGAUCGAGCUCCCCAGUUAAAGAUCUCAGAUGACCGGCUGACUGUGGUUGGAGAGAAAGGUUACUCUAUGGUGAGGGCCUCUCAUGGAGUUCGGAAAGGUGCCUGGUACUUUGAAAUCACCGUGGAUGAGAUGCCGCCAGAUACCGCUGCCAGACUGGGUUGGUCCCAGCCCCUAGGUAACCUUCAAGCUCCUUUAGGUUAUGAUAAAUUUAGCUAUUCUUGGCGGAGCAAAAAGGGAACCAAGUUCCACCAGUCCAUUGGCAAACACUACUCUUCUGGCUAUGGGCAGGGAGACAUCCUGGGAUUUUAUAUUAAUCUUCCUGAAGACACAGAGACGGCCAAGUCAUUGCCAGAUACAUACAAAGAUAAGGCUUUAAUAAAAUUCAAGAGUUAUUUGUAUUUUGAGGAAAAAGAUUUUGUGGAUAAAGCAGAGAAGAGCCUGAAACAGACUCCCCAUAGUGAGAUAAUAUUUUAUAAAAAUGGUGUCAAUCAAGGUGUGGCUUACAAAGAUAUUUUUGAGGGGGUUUACUUUCCAGCCAUCUCACUGUACAAGAGCUGCACGGUUUCCAUUAACUUUGGACCAUGCUUCAAGUAUCCUCCGAAGGAUCUCACUUACCGCCCUAUGAGUGACAUGGGCUGGGGCGCCGUGGUAGAGCACACCCUGGCUGAUGUCUUGUAUCACGUGGAGACAGAAGUGGAUGGGAGGCGCAGUCCCCCAUGGGAACCCUGACCAGGUCCCGCUUUUCUGUCAAGGACUUUCUGGGGAAUAAUACUGGGGGUUUUGUUUUUGUUUUGGAACUGUCUCAAAUGUUCUCCCAAAGAUGCUACAAAACACAGCCUCUCCUUUUAGCAAGUUAAAAGGCUGCGUAGGACUAUAGGAGACUGCCUGCCUUUCACCAUUUUCUCCCAACUUCCAGUGACUGCUCUUAUUUUGUGUACCACAAGCCAACAACCGCUGACUCCAGGAUUGCGUAAGCCCCCUGUGAAAUCGGUGGUGUACUGCCUACCCUGCCAGCUGUGACUUGUUAUCCUACUAUAUUUUCUAAGGAGUGAAUAAUAUUGUCCUAGUAACUAACUUAUUUGAAAGACAUUUCCUUCUGUGGGCAUUGACUCCAUCCCACCUGUUUUCCAAGGAAAUGGUAACCUGUUUCUGAGAACACCUGAAAUCAGUGGCUACACAUUCCAAACCAAUCUAAAUGCUAUUUCCCUUUGGUGUGGCUUUGGUUUUGUUGUUCAUUUUGAAAUAAACUUUUGAACACUGAGAUCCCUAAAACUACUAGAUCUCUAGAAGUGUAAUUGUGAAAGAAACUUGCUUGCAGCUUUAACAAAAUGAGAAACUCUUCCCAAAUAAAACUUGUUUUGAAGUUU